AUGUCACGCUGGGCAUGGCAUAAUGACACUGAACCAGCUGGAGACCCAGUAGACGCAUAUACCGGUAUACAGAAACAGACGCAUGGUAGAAACGUUUCCUAUGAUCUACCCGACCCAAAUCUUCCUGGUGUUUCUCAAAGGCUCAUUGGGAAUCCAAACCGUGUCAAUCUUGGACGUAUUGGACUGCGACUCAACGACGAUACACUGUCAUCAAGCAGCAUAUCUAAUACCCACCAGGAGCUAGACCUCUGGCACGGAGCCAUCCCAUCAACUUUCACGAUCGACGAUGUCAAGGUCAAGGUUGUCACGCAAGGCGACUUUGAUUCAGACGCAGUUGUUUUCACCAUUGACUCACAAUUGAUCGAGUCGGGAAAGCUCAAGGUCGAGCUCGACUUUCCAUACCCUCCAAUCCAUACAGCAAAGUACAAGAACGAAGUUUUUGUUGGAGUCUACGACUUCCCAAAGAAUCAUUCUACAAAACUUUCAGCCAACCUCAGAGAUAAUACAGCGCACAUAUAUCAUGACACGGGUACUAAGUACUACGUGAACCUUCGUUGGCCCAAGAAGGCUUCACUGGAACUGAAGCGCCUUGGCCUUCAGGGCUCUACCAAACCCACAGCUCAUCGAUAUAUUCUUUCAUCGAGACAUGGAAGGACUAUUUAUUUCGUGGCGCACUUCUCUCCAGACAGGAGAAGUCAAGGGUGUUUUGUGGAUUUGACCGAGUCCACGAACCCCAACGCUACUGAGCUUCAACGUCGAAUCGUUACCUCCCAGUACCAUGUCAGAGUCAACAGUGCUACCGAUGGUGAGCCUCCUCAGGAGAGCGGCUUGAUGAAUAACGGUUGGUAUGGCAAGUUCCACAUGGAGAUGAUUGUAUGGUACAGCGCUCACUGGAUCUCAUGGGGCCGAGAUCAAUACUUGCACAACAUCUUCCCUGUGAUAUAUGAGAAGCUUCAGCCUAAAUCACUCACCAGAGCGAAGAAGAUGGGAUGUUCGCCUGGCGGGAUCAACGCAUAUCUGAUGUGGCAGCAGCCGCACCCAAUGUACAUGGCCAUGCUUGCUUUCAAGAGCGACUGCGGAUUACAUGCAUCCUACGCAUGGUUCGACCAGCCGUCUGGCAGAUAUGAUCUAGGUCCACCUGUAAUUGGUGUCACUGAAAACACGCCCCCGGAGAACACCCUCGAUCUUGCUUACGAAGUUGCAUACUGGAGAUACGGCCUUGACGUCGCCUGCGAGUGGAAGCAGAAACUCGGCUUAACUGUACCUGAGCACUGGGUGACUGUUGCAAAAAACAUGGCGAAGCCUCCUCAGAUCUGCGGACUAUAUGCGGUGUACGAGGGUCUCAACUCGAGCUGGUGGGAUGACCCGGCACUCAACCGAGAUCCGAGAAUGGACAAGGAGGUCGCUCGGCGAACGGCGAAUAAGGUCUGGGACGUAUGGACUGACCAAAACAUCCGGGGGUGGGGACGUCCUGUACUGGCAAUCAACUCGGCUCGCAUUGGGAAUCCUGAGCGUGCGAUAUAUCACUUGACAGCAUACGAUUAUUGGAAGUUUGAUGACGCAGGAUUCGCCAUUCGUGGUGGUGACGGCAACACGCCACCCCCAUUUAUGCCUGGCAAUGUUGGGUUCCUCUUAGACGUGGCGUACAUGGCUAAAGGAUGGGACGGAUCGAAGCGCGAUGCGCCUGGGUUCCCUGAAGAUGACGGGUGGGUAGUAAGGCAUGAGGGGCUUCGCAAGGCGCUGUGA